AGAGAGGCAGUAUAGUUACACAGGAGAUCCCGACGACCAGAAAAUACAUGUACAAAGAAGAAUAAAUUAAACGCGUUGAAAAAUAGAAGAAAGUAGCUGAACAGUUAGCUUGUCUAGUAACUACAUUCCAGUUGCAAAUUUCUUCUCGUUCUGAUUUUUUUUUUUUUUCAUGAUAGUGAGGCUACGCAUUUGUGACAAAUUUUGAACAGGUUUAACAUUUGAGAACGUCAGCCUCAACUGUUUGAGCAAAUCAGGUAGAAAGACCAUCCUUCUUAACACACCUGCGCCACAGGAUAAUCACGGGACAUCUGAUAAUCAUAACUUUGUUGACUCUGAUUGCAAGAGUGGAGUUGGCUGGAAUUUAUGGAAAUUGGGCUGUCCAUUCGCUUCCGCUUGUCUUGGACAACUGGAUAUACACAUGGAUCUGAUUGGCCUGCUGAGUGCUAUCUGUAUGGUCAUGGGCAACAUGAUCGGCUCAGGCAUCUUCAUCUCCCCCAAAAUGGUCCUGCUCCACUCUGGAGCUGUGGGACCCAGCCUCCUCAUCUGGGCAGCCUGUGGAGUGUUAAGCAUUCUGGGAGCACUGUGCUACGCCGAGCUCGGCACCAUGAUCCCCAAAUCUGGAAGCGACUAUUCUUAUCUGAUGGAAGGUUUUGGCUCCCCGGUGGCCUACCUUUAUUCGUGGACCACAGUGAUGGUGUCCUUGCCCUCAUCGUUUUCCAUUCUCGUGCUGAGCUUUGCCGAGUACGCCUCAGCUCCUUUCUUCUCUGAAUGCAACAUUCCCGUGAUGGUCACAAAAUCUCUGGCGGCUGCAGCCAUAGUUUUCAUUGUCACCAUCAACUGCCUCAGUGUGAAACUAGCAAGUUACGUACAAAAUGUCUUCACUGCGGCCAAACUUUUAAUCAUCAUCGUCAUAGUGGGAGCAGGCAUUGUUUUCUUGGCACAAGGAAAAACAGAGAACCUUUACAAUGUCUUUGAUGGCAAGUCAGUGUCUGCUGGAGGAAUUGGACUUGCCUUCUAUAGUGGACUCUGGGCCUAUGAUGGAUGGUGUCAACUGAAUUUUAUCACGGAGGAGCUGAAAAACCCUUCCAGGAACUUGCCAUUAGCUAUCAUCAUUGCGAUCCCCUUGGUGGCUGUAUGCUACGUGAUGAUCAACAUAUCUUAUUUCACCGUCUUGACCAGUAAUGAACUACUGCGGUCCCCAGCGGUAGCUGUGGCUUUCGGAGACAAAGUCUUUCACUCAGUGUCUUGGAUCGUUCCGAUUUUUGUCCUCUUUUCCACAUUUGGCUCGGCCAAUGUCUCCUGCUUCACGGCAGGCAGGUUGGCCUAUGUUAGUAGCAGAGAAGGUCACAUGGUGGAAAUCUUAUCUUAUAUUAGUGUGAGGCGCUUAACCCCAACUCCAGCUCUUAUAUUCAACGGUUUUCUUGCUAUUUUAUACAUAAUCCCAGGAGACAUCAACACCCUCGUCAACUAUUUAAGCUUUGCUCAGUGGUUAUUCUGCGGCUUGACCACAUUGUCUCUUAUUGUCAUGCGUUUCACUAGGAAAGAGCUGAAAAGACCAUUCAAGGUCCCCAUCGUAAUUCCUGUCCUAUUGCUGCUGAUUUGUUGCUAUCUGGUCCUGGCCCCCAUCAUUGACAAUCCUGACAUUAAGUUCCUCUACUGGGCUAUUUACAUACUCAGCGGGCUCCUCCUGUACUACCCCUUUGUCCACCUGAAGGUCAAGUGGGCACGCAGACUCAUGAGGCCAAUCACCACCCUUCUGCAGAUCCUGUUGGAAGUUGUUCCCCCUGAGAAAUGUGGAUGAGAAGUUGACAACUCUGUCACCUUCCAUUUGGCUCCAGUCGCAGGAAAAGUAUCAGACUCAUUUUUGCACGCUUGGCUUA